CAUGUUCCCUUGGGCCGAACCGAUUCCGUUGGAAACUCCCAAGCAGACGGAGUUGCCUGAUGGUGCUACAAGAAAACGUCGUUCUGGUCGACCAGGAACGGCGACACUCCCAGCUGCUCGGCGUCGGAGGACGGCCUCUUCGAAUUGGCGUCCAGCAUCAGGAUGGGCCAAGAGGACAGCUGGUGCAGCACCUGCUAGUCGGCCAACAUCUGCUACUUUGCUCUCCCAGCCAUCAUACUCUCACACUGGAAAGGUGCCCAUGAACAAUGAUGGUUUCAUGGUGAGGCUUGGAACCGAAGCUGGUUUCCGUGGCAGGUGGUAUUGCGGACGCAUCCUGGAUCCUUCUGAAGUUCCAGGAGCCAGCGAUCAAUGCGGUCCAGAGGGAGGGCCGCAGUGCCGUUCCUGUGCAGAAUUCCAGAAGCGCUAUGAGCCUGAUCUCAAUGACGACGGCUUUCCCGUCAAGCGCAGUACAAGCUCCAAAGCAUGCUUUAAAUUCUACUGCGGAAGGAAUGGUGUUGUGGCUGGCACAGGUGGCCAAUGCGGUCCGAUGGAGGGGCCUCAGUGUCCUUCAUGCCAGAGAUUGCAGGAGUCUUUUCAGGCGUUCUACAUCAACGAUGAAGGAUGCCAGCUUCGGCCUGGAAAGACCAGAGGCUUUUGCGGAACAUACUAUUGCGGUAGGGUGCUGGGUGUGCAAGCGAUUCCUGGUUCCGACGGCCGCUGCGGGCCUAUCGAUGGACCCCAAUGCAGUUCCUGUAAGAGAUUUCAAGCCACGCAGCAGGUCUGGGUUGAUGAAGAACCCCAACCUAGACAACAUGGACAACCACAAGCCCCGAGAGUCAAGAGGGAAAGAGAGGAGAGUGUCCAGAGGGACAAAUCUUCGCGGGAGAAAAAGAGCAAGGAUAGCAAGGCACGUAAGUCCAAGUCAUCACAGAUGGUCAAAUCCGAACAAGAGGCUGAAAAAGAGGCUCAGAAGUAUCGAGAGGAGGUUCGCUCAGUGCGCUCAAUGACUUCACGUGGUGGGGAGACUUCCCGCGGUGGAACGACUUCACGUGGAACGCUCCCAGGGAUUCGGACCGUGAAUGCCAUGACCAGUCCUCGAAGCAGUCCCAGCCCGUCCAUGACGGCAAGCCCUGCCAGUCCCAGUGCCUCUCCUUCGCGCAGCCCAUCGGUGAGCGUCCCGAGAACCAGCGUCCCCAGCGUCCCCAGCGUCCCGCGCACUCGUGGGAAACAAAGUGUUCCAAGUCCUCCAGUUCCAGUGGUUCCACCUCGAAAGAAACCAGAGGCGAAUGUACCAAUGAAUCGGACAUUAUGCUCUGAAUGUGGUAAAGGCAAUCCAAGCGGGCUUAUGAUGUGUGGCAUGAUGGGGCCCGGUUGCAGAAUUGCAACACAUAAACGUUGUUGCCGUCCACCCCUGAAGGAAGUCCCAGAGGGCGACUGGUUUUGCGAGGUUUGCCGAGCGAAUCCUCAGAGGCACGCCCUGCAUUGCUCCGUCUGUGGCCUUUGUGACAAUCCAGGGGAGCUGUUGCUGUGUGAUAUGGGUGGCAAAGAUUGCCACAGAGCAACGCACCUUCGUUGCUGCAGCCCACCCUUGAAAGUGGUGCCAGCGGGAGACUGGUAUUGCGCCAUAUGUGCAAAGGGGCCUGGUGCAGCCAACAGGCCACCGCGAGCAGACAAACCAGCUCCAGCUUCCGCUGUGACAAGUGCCCCGUCCAAGGGCGCUGGCAAGGGCAAGAAAGGCAGUGGCGCAAGCUUUGGCGAUGCUUUGAAGGUGGCUGCUGCAACUCGCAGCCAGGCUCCGUCUGGCCAGGCGACCUUUAAGAGGAAUGUGUUUGAUGAUCCGUGAUCUUCUCAUGUGGGUCAGUGACAGGCACCGACUCCAUCAACCUCCCAGCGAACACCGCGUACGUUGGAUUGACGGAAUAAUGCAUAAAUAUUCAAAAAUAUUAAUUCGGAA